CACAAUCUACAUUUAUUUACGUAGGUAAAAUUACUGUUGCUAUGGGUAAAUUCACAGAAAUAAAGCCCGGAGAAUCCGGUUGGCUGGCAGGGAGCGGCGGAACCAAUCCCGGACUCAGCAAGUUCUCGCGAUACCGUGAGAUCUGCAGUCCUGACGACACCGCCGCGGAGAUGUUAGUGAGACUGUAGGGUGGGCGGUGCCAGCGGCGGUUACCUCAGAGCUCGGCUUCUCUGAGGAAAACGGGCGUUCGCCGGCGGUUGUUCCGACUGUUAGGAACAUGAGCGGCCUGGAUGGGGUCAAGAGGACCCCUCCCUUCCAAACCCACAGCAUCAUUAUUUCCGACCAAGUCCCGAGCGACCAGGACGCACACCAGUACCUGAGGCUCCGCGAACAAAGCGAGGCGACACAGGUGAUGGCGGAGCCGGGUGAGGGAGGCUCGGAGACCGUCGCGCUCCCGCCUCCACCGCCUUCAGAGGAGGGGGGCGUACACCAGGAUCCCGCGGGCCGUGGCGGUACUCCCCAGAUCCGAGUUGUUGGGGGUCGCGGUCAUGUAGCGAUCAAAGCCGGGCAGGAAGAGGGCCAGCCUCCCGCCGAGGGCCUGGUAGCCGCCUCUGUGGUGAUGGCAGCCGACCGCAGCCUGAGAAAGGGCGUUCAGGGUGGAGAGAAGGCCCUAGAAAUCUGUGGCGCCGAGAGUUCCGCAUCUGAGCUGACGGCGGGGGCGGAGACCGAGGCCGAGGGGGUGAAGACAGGAAAGUGCGCCACCGUCUCAGCAGCCGUGGCUGAGGGGGAGAGCGCUGAGGUGGUGGUGAAGGAAGGCCUGGCGGAGAAGGAGGUAGUGGAGGAGCAGAUGGAGGUAGAGGAGCAGCCGCCAGAAGGUGAAGAAAUAGAAGUGGCGGAGGAAGACAGAUUGGAGGAGGAGGCGAGGGAGGAGGAAGGGCCUUGGCCUCUGCAUGAGGCUCUCCGCAUGGACCCUCUGGAGGCCAUCCAGCUGGAACUGGACACUGUGAAUGCUCAGGCCGACAGGGCCUUCCAACAGCUGGAGCACAAGUUUGGGCGGAUGCGUCGGCACUACCUGGAGCGGAGGAACUACAUCAUUCAGAAUAUCCCGGGCUUCUGGAUGACUGCUUUUCGAAACCACCCCCAGUUGUCCGCCAUGAUUAGGGGCCAAGAUGCAGAGAUGUUAAGGUACAUAACCAAUUUAGAGGUGAAGGAACUCAGACACCCUAGAACCGGCUGCAAGUUCAAGUUCUUCUUUAGGAGAAACCCCUACUUCAGAAACAAGCUGAUUGUCAAGGAAUAUGAGGUGAGAUCCUCCGGCCGAGUGGUGUCUCUUUCUACUCCAAUUAUAUGGCGCAGGGGGCAUGAACCCCAGUCCUUCAUUCGCAGAAACCAAGACCUCAUCUGCAGCUUCUUCACCUGGUUUUCAGACCACAGCCUUCCAGAGUCCGACAAAAUUGCUGAGAUUAUUAAAGAGGAUCUGUGGCCAAAUCCACUGCAAUACUACCUGUUGCGUGAAGGAGUCCGUAGAGCCAGACGUCGCCCGCUAAGGGAGCCUGUAGAGAUCCCCAGGCCCUUUGGGUUCCAGUCUGGUUAACAUUUGCCCUUGGGAAUACUCCUGCACAAGGUCUCCUUCCACCUUCUGCUGGACCUGUGCUUGGGCAUCAGCAAUGGGUAUGCCUUCUAUUGUGCUUUGUUUUUGCUGACUUUUUUGCACCCUCUUUCCUUCGGAUAUUCAGUUCUCUCAACCUCAAGAUUGAGACGGUGGUGGGUAUGCUUCUCCACUCCAUAUGACCUUCAUGCUGUUCUGGAAUAUCACAUGCUACGAGGCCAUCCUUCACACUACUUGUAAGCCAAGCAAAUGAUACUGUAGAUUGUACUGCCUUUAUCUGCACUGCUUGGACCCUGUUUAUUCCCAGGGCCUCUGAACUGGUUGCUGUCACCUGGAUUUCUAGCUUUGGGAGCCUGUUCCACCUACUCAGCUCUGCAUCGAGCAGAAUGGGCACAUGCCCUGUGGACAGUUACUGGACGUUAAUGAACUCAGAGGAGAAAAGCAGUGAGCCAUUUGUUAUGUGUGAUUUAUGCUACUUCAUUGCUCUUCCUUCACCUCUAGUCACUUUCUAUUGCUACCUGCCCUACAUUGGCUCCUGUCAAGGUCCCUCUCUCCCUCUUUUCCCUUUUUUUUUUUUUUUUUUUUUUGAGACGGAGUCUUGCUCUGUCGCCCAGGUUGGAGUGCAGUGGCGCAAUCUUGGCUCACUGCAACCUCCACCUCCCGGGUUCAAGCGAUUCUCCUGCCUCAGC